GUAAUUCUUCGUUAUUAUCUGAGAAGAAUUUGGUUGUUAUAAAUGUCAUAAAAAUUACUAAUAUACUAAGUUGUGUGCACGCUGAUGUUCUAUUGGUUAAAAAUCUUUUAACUUUAGCUAAGAAGGUUUUAUCAUCGGCUAAAGGUGUUGAAAAGCAA